UAAUUCCAGAAUGACAAUAAAAGCAGUACAGGAACAGACUGCGCAAGGGAGACUAAGCAGUAAAAGGAAAGAAUAACACUAGCUAUUUUAUCGGCGGAGAGUUAAAAAAAAAAAAAAAAAAAAAAAAAAAAAAAAAAAAAAAAAUACUCGCAAAAAAGCACAUGAAAUUAGCCCGGAGAAUAAAAGAAAUAAAAGAAUAUUUCAGGGCAAAUGCGAACUAACGCAAGUGGGAUUCAUUUUAAGAACAGGCUCUGUAUUAUAUCAAUUCAACAAGCGUUGAAAGAAAAGAAAAACCGACAUUGGAACGUAACAGAAAUUGCUUUCCAGGACAGAACGUCUAUAUAAGGUUAGUUCACAAGGAUAUGAACAAACCAUUUAAUGACCAUUUUGCUAAGAAAGACACGAUCGUGAAAGUAAUUGAUAAUUACACGAUUGAGUUAGAAAACAAUGGAAUUUGGUCCAAAAGACCAAAUCUCGUAUUUAUCUAAAUUGACCAUUGUCCCUCGACAAGCAGACGCCUGCUGUGAAAGACGCAUAGAGUGUGUCGGUGCUGGGACAAAGAGGUCAUAAAACCCCCGAACUAAUGUUACCCACGAAAAGGCAUUAACGAUUAUAUGGUACUGGGGCAUGAGAUUUUGGUAAGUAUAGGGUUAGGAUGAGCUUUAAGAAUAAGUAUGAGACCUGGCUGUCAAACAACGUUAAACAAAACUUAAACAUCUACAAGGAGCCACAAGUAUAAAAUAAAAAAGGUAAUAAAAAUCGUUACCAAGCUGAAAUAUAUUAUGAAAUUUAGUCAACCAAAGACUCCUUGAAGGGGGAGAUAGAUUUUUGAUCUUGAAGGAGACUUUAGUUGACUCUGACAACGCGAAAUUGACGAUGGCAAAUUGAAGCGUAACAACUUAGCAACUAAAUAAUUUGAACCAUGACAACUUCAUUUGACCAUGACAAAAGUGAAACAAAUUGUUUCGAAUACAAACUGUUUCGAAUUAAAGAAUAAAAAAUGGAAAAUGAGAGUAAAGGAAAAAAUGCAAAUGGAAAAUGAAAGUAAAAGAAAAAAAAAUGAGAAUGGAAAAUGAAAGUAGGGAAAGAAUAAAAGAUGGGAAAGUAGAAGAGACUAAAAUAACUCUCUUAUACUGUAGAUGCCACGGGAGUGCAUUAGUCUAUUGCAAUUUGGAAAUAUGCCAAAAAAGUGUGUAGACACACAUUUAAGUAUAUGUAAGAAAAUAUACAAUUGGCAAUAGCAUAAUGUUUAGAUACAAAAAUGUAUUAAUGUAGACAAUAAGAAUAUGCACCCCUAAAACAGGCAUACUGGAGUUGAUGUAAGUAUAAAAUACAUUGAAUGUAAUAAGAUAAGAAAGCAAUGAUGAAAUAGAAAAAUCAUUGGCUAGCAUUUGAAUGAGUGAGGAGUGAAGACUAAAAUAAUUUGGAGAAGGACCUAAGAUGAAAUCGCACUGUGGAACAUUUCAGCCUGGUUGAACUUGGAGGUGAAAGUUCACCUACUCUGCCUUCGAAAUGUGAGUAGAACAACAACAACAUACGCUUUACUGCAGCUCACAAAUGGUUAAGACCACGUGUGGGUUUAAGUUAGUCUCUUUGGAAACUUACUAUAUCUAAAAUUUGCCAUGAUUGUUUGAUUUAAAUAGAAGCAGUAAAUACACAAAACUUAUUGAGGCGGUUAUGUUCUACAGUGCACUACAGGUAUAAAGUAUAUACAUUAAAUAAUUGUAUGCUGAAGUGAAAACUUUAAAAAGUAUUCAUGAUAAUUAAAAAGAGUUAUCAAGAUAAAAUGCAUAUUAUCAUCUUGGAGAUCAAAUAUAUCAAGCAGGAUAUAUAUUCAUAUGAUUUGGACUAGAAAAGUAACAUUAAAAAUGUAUUUAGACUAAUUUGGGUUAAAAUACUGACAUGAUGGGGCAGUGGAUAAGACACAUGCCUUUGGUGUGAGAAACCUAGGUUCCAAUCCACUGUGACACACCAUUGUGUCCCUGAGCAAGAUACUUAAUCCCUAGUUGCUCCAGAGGCGUGCGACCUCUGACAUAUAGCAAUUGUAAGUUGCUUUGGAUAAAAGCGUCAGUUAAAUGAAUGAAUGUAAAUGAUGUAACAUAAACACCAAGAGCAUUAUGCAUGAUGGUAAAAAGAAUAUUUGAAUAAAACAUUUCCAUUGGACAUUUGUAACUAAACAACAAAGAAUGUUACUUGUUAAAUCUGUCCCAGGAGUAGGUAAGAAAGAAAGAGAAGUUUCACACAUUCUCUGGAGAUCGUAAACCAGUCAGAGAUGUUGUGAGGAUUGUUUUAAAGACACCACAGCUUAGCCUUUUGCUGAGUAUGUGUUGGGUGGUACAUAAAGUAAAAUUAAUUAUGACUAAUCUACCUCAGUUGCUACUUAAAUUUAAGGCUGACACUGAUUGUAAACAUAAUAUUGCUUACAAAUCUUGUUGAACAUCACUAGCCUUGGAAUGCUGCUAAAAGUUUUGUUUGUUUUGUUGAUUGUGAGUAUGUGUGUGUUUCACUGUUAAGAAAUGAUAGUGAGAGAAGGAGGUGUGAAGAGUUAAUACUUUUUAAAUUGACCCUUGGGAGAACUAAGAUAUGUAGUGGUCAGACAUAAUAACAGCACCUAUGUUUGAUUUAAUUUUGAAGAUACAGAUUUCAAAUUUGUAAAAGCACAGCAGGAGUAAAUCAGAAUCUAUAAAAAAAAUUGGAUAGUGGCAAAAUGUAUAACAUAUUGGGUGUAAUGAAAAAUGACAAUGGUAAAGUAAUUAAUAAGUGUGAUUGAAUAAAAUAUUAUACAAUAUGUUAAGAAACUUAGAAAAACAGCACAAAGUCAAUCACAAUCAAGAUCAUUGUAAAAUCAAAUUAAUGCUAUGGCAUGAAAAUGUUUUUGUUUAAAAGGUCAAAAUUGUAAUAGGAGAUCUGUGCAGUUUUGAGCAGUUGGUUUAAGAUUAUUGGAACAUAUUGAAGUUAAUUUAUGAAACACAUUCCUCUUUGCCAUGAGGAGUAAAAGCAGAAGAACACAGAGAAGUUCAAAUGUGGAUCAUAAAUUAUCUCUCAAAAGACGAGUUGGUGUGAUUCAGCCACACACUCAUAUAUCUAAACUGAACCUUUUUGAAACACAGUUACAUGACCAGGAGAGUCUGAUUAUGGCGGACCACUUUCUAGAAAAUCAGGAAUUGGCAGAAGCGGUAAAUGAGGCUAAGAGAUUGGAACUUAGGAGAACAGUGAGGGGUCAAUUAUUAACAAGAUGUGGAACAGAAUAUUGGAUUGCAGUUCACAAGGAUGAAUGUGUCUCUUGCUACAGGCAUCCUGUAAUGCAAAGAGUUGAAUUCAGUAUGGGACACUUCUGUCGAGAUUGUUUCAAGAGUGUUAAGAUAAUGACUUGGGUUAAUGAAGAUAAGACAACAGAGCAUUACUUGACAACUUUUAAUCUAAUGGAACGCACUAAUGCUGCGUUAUUUCUGACGUACCGAGAUAUACUCAAAAGGCUUCACCCAGAGGUUGAGGAAAUAUAUUAUGAUAUUGAUGAACACAAAGAUUGGACUAAAGAUAAAAGAGACCAUGUAGUACAUGAGCUUCAUAGAAGUAAAGCAUUGAGGGUUGUUAAACUUGAUGGAGUUCUUUAUCUCAUAGAGCUAAACAUCGAUGAUUGCAUCAAAAAGGAAAGGGUCUCAACUUCUGCCCCCCCAGUUCUCCAGAAGACUUCAAUGAUGACUGUGGCUCGUGGAGAAGUGCGUAAAAUGCAGGAGUCCAUGAUUCCGUUGAUUGGUCAUUGUAAACAAUGUAAGAUCAAUGGAAGGAGCCGCCAGUUCUUGUGUCAAAACUCUGAAGGAGAAUUGAUUGGUGCAUGCUACCAUGAGAUAACUGAUGGAAAAUUUAUAAAAGCAAAUUUUGGAGGCUAUCUGAACAUAGUGUUGCAAAGUGUAAAACAUUGGCCAGUAGGUGAUCAAGUAAAAGGAAUUAUAGUGGAAAGUAAUUGGGUAAGACCAAUACGCAAAGUUCCCUGGGUCAACAACUAUUUGAGUAUAUCUCAGCACAACAUUUUUACUAAUAGGGGUGAAAUGUACUUGAUGUUAAAAAAAUAUGAAAGGAGAGUUGGAAGAUAUCAGCCAUACUUAUGUUUGAAAAUGAGAACUUAAAGCUUGUAUAAUUUUGCAUGAAGGGGGUGUUGUGUAAGAUGCAAAUUAUCCAACCUUUAUAAGCCAAAUAAUACACCUAAUUUUAUAUGUAUUUCUUCUGAGCAAUAUAAACCGGUGGUUUGUUGUUUUAUACUCCUUUUACUAUGUUAAACUCUUUAUGUUACUUGAUACGCCUAGGGUGGCUUUGAUGUAAAGUAUUAUAAUCAUUGAGUUGGGAGUAUAUGCAUGACAGCUCUUAAAUUGCAUGUUUAACAAAGUGACACAUAUAUGGUUUUGUAUUUACUAGUUUAUUAAGAGUAGAGAGAUUGAUGCAUGUAUUAGAUAGAACAAAGCUUAAGGGAUACAUUACAGUUUAAAGCAUGAUUUAAAGACCUGUCUUCGUGGGAGAAAACGCAGAGGAGUUCGGAGAAGAACGACAAAGAGACUUCGUCAUAUAUUUAAGAUAUUAGGGGACUUUCCCAGUAGACGUAAGGAUGAAAGGCGUGCCAUGAGGCCCUGAAUAUGAUUCCUGGAAUUCAGACCUGAGACCGUGCCUAUAAAUUGAUGCUGGUGCAGAACUUAGGCAGAUCUGGAGAGCGAGCAGCAUCCAGCAUCUCCGUUGUCUGACAGCCUGAAAUCUUGUGUGCUCUAGACUUAGUACUUUUUAGACUUUGUAUUUUUGUCUUAUUACUUUUAGUUAACUUGGUAUUUCUUAUUUCUUUUCUUUUUCUUUUUAAUUUGGCAAAACUUGUAAUCGCAACUAGCUAAAUUGUAUUAAUAAAUUUUUUAAAA